GGAGGAGGAGUGGUGCUUUGUGAGGACAACGUGCCCAAAAAUUCCUGGUGGGAAGGGAAUGGCAAGCAGUACUUUUUGUCAUAUAGCCAGCAGUAUGCUCGGAGCCAUUACAACUCAACUUGUAUCAAAAUGUGAGCAACUCAAACAGAAUAUGUGCAGUUGUGAUGCAUCAGAUGACGAAUCUUCACCCAAGCAAACAAUGUUAACAGUAUGUAGAGAAUUUCAAAUUCUGUUCAAUGAGACCCGCGAGAAAGCUUUAAAAGCUGUUGCUUUCUCUAAAACUCUCAGAAAAGAUCUAGAGAAUGGAGCUUUUAAAGAAGGAAUUAGUCCAAAAUGCAAUGCCAUAAUUGCUGAAGCUUUAGAAGAACUGAAGGUAAGAGGAAUGCCUUUGCUAACUUACAAAACUCAUUUGAUUUCCCAGUAGUCAUUAAAUUUUGUCCAAUUGAUAAUGGUUUAUUAAGUGUUCUUCAUGCUCUAGUGUGACUAAACAACACCUUUAGGGCCCAUCUGUCAGUCAGUCAGUGGAAACUGAUGCCAUUCAAUUCUGAAAGUUUGUGACGAUGGUGUAUUGUUGAAGUAAACAGUUUUCUGGAUAUUAUCCAUCGUCCAGUACUAAAUAAAGUCAAUAAAAUCCACGGAAUUUCGGAGACAGGGAUUAGCUCUAUCGAUUUGGCCCAACAGAGUAGGUCUACCUGAAGACGUAAAUAAGAG